CUCAGCCACUCCUCCAUCACGCGAGAGGAGAGCUCUAGAAGCCCGGCGCAUCUGCGAUCCGUUCGGCCAUAUCAAACCGAGAAGCUGCCACCGCCGCACCGCCAGCGUCCGUGCCCACCAGCGCUCGCCAUGUCAUCCGCCAGCGAAUGCAGCUACACGUAUGAUCAGUACAGGGAGACAGCUGAUUGGCUGCUGGAACGCUGCAAGGUACGUCCCACGGUGGCCAUCAUCUGCGGGUCGGGCCUGGGGGGCCUGGCCGACCUGCUGGAGAACAGGACAGUGAUUCCCUACGAGGACAUCCCCCGUUUCCCUCAGAGCACAGUGCAAGGACACACGGGCCAGCUGGUGUUCGGCGAGCUUGGCGGAAAGCAGUGCGUCUGCAUGAAGGGCCGCUUCCACUUCUACGAGGGCUACAGCGUCGCCACGGUAACGUAUCCAGUACGUGUGUUCUUCCUCCUGGGGGUGCAGACCCUUAUUGUCACCAAUGCCGCCGGGGGCUUGAACCCCAAUUUCAACGUGGGGGACAUCAUGCUCAUCAAGGACCACAUAAACCUGCCAGGUUUCGCGGGCCAGAACCCUCUGUGUGGCCCAAACGAUGACAGGUUUGGGGUUCGUUUCCCCUGCGUGUCGGAUGCCUACGACCGGGAGGUGUUCCGCCUGGCCCAGGAGACGGCGGCGGAGCAGGGCUGUACCUCCUUCCUCCAGCAGGGGGUAUACUGCAUGCUGGCCGGCCCCAACUUCGAGACCAUCGCAGAGUGCAAGAUGCUACGGACCCUGGGGGCCGACGCCGUGGGAAUGAGCACUGUGCCUGAGGUCAUUGUGGCACGUCACUGCGGUCUGCGAGUCUUCGGCCUCUCCCUCAUCACCAACAAGGCGGUGAUGGACUACGCCAGCGAGGAGCGGGCCAAUCACGAGGAGGUCCUGGAGACCACACGCAUGAGGGCCCAGGACCUGCAGCGCCUGGUCAGCAACCUGCUCGCCAAGCUUUAGAGCAUCCCCUACCUGCAGGACCACUCAGGGUAUCACAGAGGGUGACUCUCAUGAACAAAUAGCUUUUUUCAGACAGAGACAAAUAUGUAAAUCUUGAGCAUCAAAAACAAAACAAUUGCACUG